AUGGAUGAUUUUGAUUUAGAUCUGGUGUUGAACUUAGAGGAAGAGUUUUAUAACGAAGGGUUCAAAGAAGGCCAAGAAUUUUCAACACAUCAACAAUAUGUGGAAGGGAAAGAAUAUGGUUAUCAAACUGGGUUCCAAAGAUUAUUAGUUAUUGGUUAUAUACAAGGUUUAAUCAUAUUUUGGCGUAAAAAUAUUUCUAAAUACACUACUACUACAUCUCAAAAGACUUUAGAUUCACACUUAGACCAGUUGGAGAAUCUGGUAAAGAAUAUACCGCUUACAAAUGGGGAUAAGGAAGUGGCAGAGUAUGAAAAAAUAGUAGCCAAAGCUAGAAAUAAGCUAAGAGUUGUUGCUACUUUAUGUAAGGAAAAUGAAAAAAUUAAAGGAUUGGAUGAUUUAAUAAAGACUGUUGGAGGCCAACUACAAGUUAGUGAAAAUAUGGAUGAAAUGUGGUAA